AUGUGCGGGAUAGCAGGACUGAUCCACCGCGGAUCGAGCGGCGACAUCGGGGCGGAGAUGACCACGAUGCUCCAGGCCCUGAAGCAUCGGGGGCCGGAUUCCACCGGCUUCGCCUUCUACGGCGUUCCGGUCGAGAACAACCAUGUGAUGCGCUUCAAGGUGGCGGAGCAGGAGGACAUCGGCAAAGGCUUCGAAAUCCACCAGCAGAUCAAGGAUCGCAAGGCGGAGGUGGAUGCGCGCAUCCGCAGCAUGGAGGUGGAGAUCCUCGGCGAGGACGCGGCUACCGAAUAUGCGUUCCGCUACCGCCUGCGCUUCCCCGGUGACGACGAUGGCGGCCAGCAGCGGCUCAAGCGCUUCGCCGACUACAUCGAGGAUGUCGAGGGGGCGGAGAUCCUCUCCCUCGGCCACGCGCUGGAGCUGAUCAAGGACUUGGGCGACGCCAGCAUCGUGAGCGAGCAGUACAGCCUCGCCGGCUUCCACGGCACCCACGCCAUCGGCCACACCCGGAUGGCGACGGAAUCCGACGUCGAUAUCCGCUCGGCUCAUCCCUACUGGGCCUAUCCCUUCAACGAUAUCGCCGUGGUCCACAACGGCCAGCUUACGAAUUACUGGAAGUUCCGCCGGGCGCUGGAGCACCGGGGCCAUCGCUUCGUGUCGAACUGCGAUUCAGAGCUGAUCGCCGUCUACCUCGCCGACCGCAUCCAACACGGCGACAUGCUCAAGGAGGCGAUGGAUCGCUCGGUGAGCGAGCUCGACGGCGUCUUCACCUAUCUGGUGGCGACGGCGGACAGCCUGGGGAUGGCCAAGGACAUGAUGGCAGCCAAACCCAUGGUGCUCUACGAGAGCGACGACUUCGUGGGCCUCGCCUCCGAGGAGGUCGCCAUUCGCGGCAUCAUGCCCGACGAGAUCGACACCUGGGAUCCCUACGAGGGGGAGGUCAAGGUAUGGCAGAACUGA